AUAACAUACAUGUGCCAGAGGGUAGCGUUCUGAAAGUCAGUGUCAUAAUUGUGCAAACCGUUUAGUUCACCGUGUGUACACUGUGGAAGUAGUAUCGUGUUAUGUUUUGUAAAAUAAGAAAUCAUUAACAAAUAGUAUAAAUAACUAAUGUUAAGUUAGAUUAUUAUUAUUAUUAUAACUUGUCGUGCAUUGGUUGUCCCUGUUGUUUUAUUUUCCAGUUCAUUUGCACUGCAGGCACACAAUUCCAUUGAACUGUCACGCCUGCCACUGUUUGCUGAACCUAACUGCAGCAUGACAUUAUGUAGGGCUUUACUUUGAGGUUUUUAUUUUCCAAAUCUCUACCUCUCUUUACAUGUUAAUUAUUAGUUGUUAAGCUGUCUCUGUAUCCUAAUAGAGAAAACUAUUCAUUAAAAACUGGGUUUAAGAUUUUUUUUAUUUUUUUGCUACAAAUAAAGGAUGGGCUUGCUGUCAGUGUACACUUCGUACUGGGCAUUUUUAUGCUGAAAAGAAAAUCUAUCAGGACAGCACUGUUAAAUGAUUGAAAAUAACAAAAGCACAACGAUAAACUAGUUGACUGCAAGAAUAAAAUGCAAUUAGGAUCAGCGAUGAGCAAUUAAAGUAAUUUGUCAGGUGUGUUUGAAACAAAUAAGGCGAAACAGAAUCAGGCUCAGCCAAGAUAUGAAGAUGAUAAAACUCCUAAAAGAUAUCCAAGGACCAGUCAUCACACAUCAAGUUAUGCAGUCUCUCCUUGUAAUGACAAUGAGUUGCAUUUACAGCAAGAUAUAUUUUGGGACCCAUCUUCUCCAACAGUAGCCAGAUUUGGUAAAGGAGAAAAGAAACGUGCAGUCAAUGGACGAGCUGUAGAAAUUUCAGACAUUGUGAAUCGGAUUGCACCCAAGGAUGAAAAACCAGCCAGCCAUGAAGUUCCACUGCUUGAAAUGUGGAUUGGUAACAAUGCAAUUCCAUGCACUCCUGGGGUACUUCGGGUUAGACCAAAAAAACAUUCCUUUAGGGCCAAUGAUGUGGAGGACCUUAUGAAGCUAGCAAAACAGUUUGACAAAAAUAUGAUUCAAGAUGCUGAACAAGAUCAUGGCCGUGACCUAGAGAAUUUUUUCCAGGAUGAGAAUGAAGACCAGAUGGAAUCAGAUAUGCAUGAAAAAGUUCUUAGUAGCCAGAAAUCGGUGAAUGAGGAGGCAGAAGCAGAUUUCAUUGCCUUGUUUGAUGGACCUACUCAGCUCUUGAGUGGUAGACUGAGUCAGAAUUCGUCAAAGUCCUCACUUUCGUCACCAAAAAGAAACUGCAUGUUUGGUGCAGAGACUAAUGAAGUUGCAAAAAAAAGUACUUGUGAAGGGGGAGUGAACUUCAAAUUUAAUAAGCCUCCUGGGUUUGAAAUAAAGCCUAAUUCCUACCAAAAUGAAACAGAUCAAUGUCCAACAAAGCAUAAAACUGUUUCUCUAUCAAAACAUUUAAACAGAUCAGAAAUGGCCUCUAAAGUGUCAUCUGUAUGCACAAAUGAUUUUGAUGAUUGGGGUAGUGAUGAUUUGCUUGAUGAUUCUUUUCUCGUAGAAAUUACUCAGAACCCUGAGCUGUUUGCAUCUCCCAAAGGGACCCAUGGUUCUAAACAGACAGGUGUUAAUACUACCCAAAAACCUCAGAGUGUAUCUGGGGAAAAGACGAACAAAUGUAUUGAAAAUGGCAGAAGCGUGUCUUCUAUGUUGCACAACGAUUUAACUGGUAAGGAGUCUCAGCAGGUUGGCAUUGAUAUGAAUCCUGGAGAAUUUCAAAAAACAAACAAUCCUUGUGAAAAAGUAAAGAAUAGAGCUAGUUUUAUGCUGCAUAGAAACGCACAGGUCCAAGCAGUUGAGAAAAGUGCAGAGAAUAUACCUAAGCGCACUGACUUUUGUGGAUCUAAUAAACCUGAACCACAGAAAAACUUGCAGCAACAAAAAGCAUAUAAAUAUGAAACCAGGUUCAACAAAGGGUCACCCAACACGCCUUCCAAAAAUAUACACAACUCUCAACAGGUUAAAAGUGGAAAAAGUAGAGCCAGCAUGCAAAAUGCAACAUCUUCUGCUUCUACGUAUAGGACAUCAAAGUCUGUCAACCAAUCUGUCAAAUGUCAGCAAAUCAGAGUUGAGGCACCAAAACAAACCACCUCUCUGGUUGAUGACUGGAAUGAAUCCAAAUUCCCAGAUGAGGUUUUAAUAGAUGCUCUUGAUGAUGCUCUUUGGGACGAUGAUGGUGAUGAUGACUUGCUGUAUCAGGUGUGUGAUGAUAUGGAAAAGUUGACUGAGACUCAAGGCACAGGGCUUAGCACAAACAUUGCACCAUCUUCCGCAAAAAGCAGUAACUUCCAGCCGGUCACCUACCCAAACAAAUUAAAAUCUUGUCCAGCACCAAGUGCUGUUCGAAGCAAUUGUGCUGCUCCUGAAAACCGUAACCAAAACAGAACUGUGGGAAACCCGUCAAAUAAACCUCCAGCUACAUUUAAUCGAUCUAAUUCUUUACCAGCAAAGACCACUACGUUUGGAAAGGACUCGUCCAUUAAUGCAACUUUUUCUUUAAAUCAGAAAAACCACACUUUGAAUAUGAAUUCAAAUCCGAGUGUGUUUGUGCCGCCUUCUGUUAAUGACAACAAAUCAAAUGCAUCCAAGUAUGUAUUUACAAAAAUAAGGAGCACUUCUGUUGACGUUUCAAAAGUACAAUGUAGUCAAAUUACAGGACUUGCAUCUGGAAAUGAAACCUAUAUGCAAAGUUAUAAUAAAGGAACUGUCAAAUUGCAUCCAUCUUCCAGUGGAAUUACUGGUGCUUCACAGCACCCUUCCUUCAAAAGGCAACUUUCUGACUCAAUCGUAGUGACAAGUAAAGCUUUUAUAACCAACAAGAGGACUGUAAAAUGUUCUCAAGAAGAGAUUGAAAGAAAGAAACAUGAAGCACUGGCACGAAGACGGAUGAGAACAGAAGCGUCUCUUCAGAAUGGUGCACCAAUGUGAUCAUACAGUUCCAUGUGGUGUGCUGAGAGAACCAUUUCAGACUGGCGAAGCUCCAGCACACAGCAAAGAACCCAAUUGAGAGGUUACCGUCUUGUAGAUGGUAACGAGUGCAGCUGCCAUAGACGUCCAUCAUCAACAUGCCAGAAUGACAGAUGACUUCAACACGUUUUCAUGCAACUUCAUGCAUCUUUGACUCGCAUGCUCAGAUAAAGUCUUGCUGUAGACCAUUGGAUACAGCAUCUUCUUUGAUGGGACAACCUUUUCUCUUUAACAUAUUAGCAAGUAAUUUGAUCAGUACUCUCCUGUUCUGUUAAGAUUCAAGCCAGUGAAUUACAUCUGCUGAAAAAGAAAUGGUGUACAUUUUAUGAAAGAGAAUGCUAGUGAAAAUAGUAUAUAUAAUAAUGUACAUUCUGGAUUCACCAGUUGACUGUUGUAACACAAGGGUUAAGAUUCUUGAAAUACAAAUACUUGUAUUUCAGGGAAACAAUAUACAAAUUAUACAGUUUGUGACCUUAUGGACCCCCUAUGAAAAUCAUCUGCAGUUAAACUGUAUUUAUUCUGGACAGAUUACUAUGUAGAUGUACUGGUCUCUUUACAUUGAGCAGCUUACAUUUAGGGGACAUCAUUUGUGGUCAGCAUUCUUGCAGGAAGUGUCCAAAACUGGACAAAAGAUUUCCAAAUGUCAACAGGAAUUUGACAGUUGUAGCAACAGUACUCACAUAAAUUAUCAUUGCUGAUCAUGCUGAAUGUCUAUGAUAUUGAUUUAAUAUAAGGGGUUCCUAAAAGGACAUUAGGCUUCCAACAAAGUAAGUAUGCUACAAACACUUAAGUAACUGAGUUAAAGAAUCCGAGGUAUUUCAAGGUAAAUUGCAAAAACUGUGUUCAAUGUAUCAGCUAAUGUGUUUACUUACAGUAAAUAUAGUUUGUUUUUACAUUAGUUAUUUCUUCAUGUAACUUGUUCUAGAAAGUUAUUAGUUUGAAACAAGGUUGAAGUACUGGGAGUAAGUCCUCCCCCUUUUUGUUUUAGUUGUUGCACAAUUCUGGGGGAUAUCUUUUGUCAUUCUUCUCGAAUUUGCUGGAUGGAAAUCAGGGAUUUGGAUCAUGAAAGUAGAUGUUUCCUGCUCAGUUUUAACAGAUUUAAUAAAAAUCAACAUUCACUGCUUUAUACUUGAUGUACUCAUAUGUAUGUUUGUGAUUAUAUAUUUUCGAUAAUAUAUUGUUAAAACAAUUUAAAGGUGAACUCUGACAAUACAUUAACUAUAUCGACUAUUAAAAAUAAAUGUUCAUCUCUAUUAAAGCAAUUCAAAUUGAAUUGCUUUUGUGUAAUCAAGUACUUAGUAAUGAACAUAUAAUGCAACCAGAUUAACAUUUUUAAUACAGUAUCUUAAUUCCAGUGGCAGUUACACAAAACUGUAAAACAUGACUAUUCUGAGCCUUUUCUGCUCACAGUGCGAGAAUAAAGCAUGAUCUACCAGCUGCAGACCUGCUGAUAGCUGUUCAGUGUAAUAUUGACAUUUGCAACAGACUUGACCAAUACAGCAUGCAAUACAUUCACAUGUACAAUGAUUAUUUAGCUAUUUCUCUGAUUGCUGCAUAGAUUUUAUUUCUUUGACAUUCACAUUUGGUCACACUGAAAACCACAUGAGUUUCUUAUGGCAAGCCCCUCAAAAACUUCUUUUGCACAGUACAGAGUUCCUUAAAUGGUUUUUAAAAUGAAAAUGACAAUUUAAGAUUACUUAAGACUACACACCCUUACAUUAAAUAUCUGGUUUGGUAACUUUACUGGGUGUUUUUUUUUUUCUUCUUUCUGAAACCAAUUUGGAAUUUGCUAUAAGAAUGUAACUCGGUGUGCUUACUUUUGUAAAAAACUUUUUUUUUUUUUUCUAUUGGCUUACAUUAUAGACUUUACAGUUAUGAUAGCUACCUAAUCCUCUACCUUUCAAACCCCUUUAGGAUCUAAAAUUACCUAUGGGAUUUAACUGACCACAAUGUGUAACACUUGGGCUAGAAAGUUCCACAACAUAUUAGAUAGAAACCUUGUGUUUGGCAAACAUUCACGCUAAAGUAUUCAUAUACAUCAUUGGCCAAGCACGGUUAAGCAAUCCAUGCGGUCACUGCUGGUUUAAUAGGUAGAAAGAGUAUGUGACUUUCAGGACUGAGUCGUUGAUUUAAUUUGUAAUUAGUAAAUACAAAGUUGGAACAAAAAGCUCUCUAGCCCAGGCCUGGCAAUUUUUCAAUGUAUGUACUGGGGGUGGUCUCGCAGGGGAUCUCCAUUACUCCAGUGCAUCAUGCUUUACCUGACGGUCAUAGCCUGACCGGAACUGGAAGCAAAACCAUACGUGUUCAUGCUCUACAGCUAUGACAUAUGCUAUUGGAUAACCAACGACGCCAACAAAAACUAACAGGAAAUGUCCAGUAAAUCUUACCUAACAACCUAAUCUAACUGUCAAUUUCUAAGUCUCACAUUUUCCGACAUGAAAUACACACACUAUAUUAUAAAAGGGGUUUGGGGUAUUUUAUGUUUCUUUCCUCAGCAUUUAAUGAUAAAAACAAAAUAUCCCCAAUGAACUUCUGAGAGGGUUCAAAUGAUGAACACAGAAAACAAGUGAUUGGUUACUGAGAAGAGCUAACAUGUGAAAACUCCAACUCCCAGGCUUUAUUAAAACAAUGUAUAAAUAACUUGAGUUAAAACUUUGUGAAUAGGGCCCUGCAUUACUGAUUUCCACUCAUAAGACUUAAGUCAUGCAACUCAAGUUUGUUUUGAUAGGUCUGAAAUGAACAGAUUACUUUUUAAGUAUGACUAAUAUUUUGGUAUGAGAAAAAAAGCUGCAGUUGUCAUCAAGGUAAACGAACUGUGAACAUUCUCCACAAUGCAAGUUAUUAGUAGCCAAGAUAUUUUGCAACAAAGCUUAUCCAAGAGUUUAUUUUCCUGCAGGCAAAGGUAUGAUAAAAUGCAUUUCUUGGCAAGACAUUUUCUGCUUAAAUAUCGGGCCAAGUUUUUUUUUUUUUUUUUUUCUCUAAUACAUGAAAUUAUUUAGGAGAAUUCCAUCCUUUAGGAAAUGAUGCCAGGGAGUUUUUUGUUCAUCUUUCAACAGCCAUAGACCUCAGGUCUUUACUGAUCCGUAAUGCAAUUGCAAAUUAACUCAAAUGAUACUUGUCAAAACUCACAAUUAAAAAAAGAUUGGUAACACAGAGAGAGAUCUAGUGAUCUUUCAGUAGUUUCAUUAUGUUUCAACAAGUCUAAGUAGAAGAAGAAAACAUGCUAAUUGGAUUUUAGUACCAACACUGAAGCGUUUUGUUUAUCUUCACCUGGGCCAGUACAUCGAACAUGAGUAAAAUACUAGAUUUUUUUUUUUUUCAUGGCAGACAAGAUCACUUAUGAAAAAUAGCCUCAUUCUUUCUUUCAUCCUCCUUGUCUGCAGUCGGUGAUGCCUUACUGUGUCAGACGUUAUACUCCCAUCUAUGCCUUCAUUCACUAUUCAUCCCUGUCAGGAAUGUUUAUGAGAGGUCUCUAUUUUUCCUGUCUUUGGGUAAAAACCUGUUUUUCCAACUCCAAGCUGCCCACUAACAGCAUGUAUAUGUUAUCUUUUUUUUUAAUGCAUUUUUUUUAAUCAAAAUAAAAGGUUGUCUUAUUGUAGGAACAUAAAUCCAAAACGGUGACCACUAACUAAACCUUAUCAAAUGGAAACUAUGAAAGCUGAAGUUUGUUAAAAAUAAAUCUUUUAGUAGCAUUGUCCUUGAUAGAGGCUUCUGCCAACACCUUUGCGGUACAUGAAUUCAACUCAGCUUCUAUUUUUCACAUACAAUAAUAAGCCCAUCUGUUAUAAUGAUGUGUUGACAGUUAUUCCUCAAAACAACUGUACGGCAUGCAGUUAGCAUUUUGAAGUUUUUUGCAACUGUAUUGCUCACAGGACUACUGGUGUGUAAUGAAAUGAUGACAAAUGACUGUCAGUUUAAAUGGGGCACAUUUUGUUUACCCUUUAGUAAAGGACAGACAUUUACCCGACACAUUUCUCUGAGAUUUAAUUGAUUGAAUAGACAAGGCUUAAUUACAAACCUGCAAGUUUCUGUUUUUUAACCCAAUACUGCAGUGCACAGGUUCCAAUGUUUGGAAUUCAGCUUUACUUAAAGAAAAUUCAAGAAAACAGGCUUAGUUUGAAUUAACUUGGAUGACCUAGAGCUACUUGGGACUGGCAUCAUGCUGUUUGUUUAGAUGCAUUGGGCUCUAUUUUCCACUGUGCUGUGUAAGAAAACAAGGCCUAAUAUUUUUUAAUAUCUUGAAAUUCACUACUACUAGAGUUUAUGAAUUAGCCCUGAUACAGAUUAACAUAAAGUAAAAUACUAUUAACCCUGGACAAUUGCCGUUGUUAGCCCUCUCUCUCCACUGUGAUGAGUUUCACAUAAAGUUCCACAUAUUACCCCAAAAAACCAACCCCAGCCCACAAUAGAUACAUUCUACAACCCCCAACUCUGCUGCACAUUCCUCAGAUGAGCUGAUAAGAUAAGAGAGAGAGGCACACACACAGGGAUGGAAAUAAGACUCCUAUUGCAUAGCAUGUUCACCCAUUUGCCCCAUAGCAACCAUUACAUGUAUUGCACCAGUUCAGUUCUCUGCAAGAACAAGUUAGUCAAUUAAAUGAUUAUUAAAAGUAUAUUACAAAUAUUAAAAUUGUCAAAAGUACCAGAUGUUACAGCUAUAAUGAUAAGGCAUGAUUUAUUUAAGGACCAAAAAUUACUAUAAUCACACAAAUAUGGUAAGUACACUGUUCCAUAUUUACUUUUACAUAUUGCAGUCCCUUAUACUGGGAUGUUUAACUUAAAUUAGUUAUUUAAAAUAGAUGUCUGCACAGGGUCUAUCCAAUUGAUCUAAACAGCUGUGUAUCUAAAGUUAUACACAUUUUUAGAGUAGUGUUGAAUAACCUUUUUUUUCAUAUAACACUGUGACACAAUUUACUAUAUAUAUUUUGGAUUUUAUGCUAUGUUUAUUCUAUUGACUUACUUGGUUAAGUGAAGGAUUGGUUGAUUGAUUGAAAUCCAACCAUAUAAUGGUUCACUGGAUCUAAGGUAAGCAUUCUCUGAAUUCAGCUAUUUAAUUUAUAUUUAAAUACAUUUUAUUUUCCUUCCAGUGUACUUACAUAAACCAAAUGCUGCUGAGUAUCCCCUAUAUCACCUCAGGUAAUAUUGGGCUUUUUGUGUACCAGGGUUGUGGAUAUCAAAAACCAGUACAUGUGAGUCACCUUAGUGCAUUUCUGUCAAUAACAAGCUGUACAAUGUCAUUUUGAUCAAUUGAAUAAAUCUGUUUCUGAA